AUGCGCUGUGGUUGGAUGGCUGGCUCGUCCGAGACAGUGGGAAUCAUGGACACGGCAGAUUGGUAUAUAGGACACGGUCAGGUUACUGUCGCUCCAUGUGUUAGCAUUGAGCGAUCGCAGAUCAAAUCACCAGAUAGCGGGUAUGGAGUAUUUGUUGAUGUAGAUAAGCUGCAAGAGGAGGAAUGCGAGGCAGUGGAGUUGCUUCGCGUCCCAUAUGGAAAUGUCAUCUCAGUUAGGACGCUGAUGGAUUGGCUGUCUGGCAGAGGCGACGGAUAUGACGCAUCAAAGGACUUGAUUAAGACGUAUCUAGCGCUCUUCUUGGAGGAUACGAGUAAUCACCGGUUUGUGACCGAGACGAACAUGCUGAUCUUAUAUCUGGCGCUGAUGGCGAUCUUGUCUGAACGGGGGUACGGCUUCCCGGAUAAAUUCGUGAUCUACCUUCGCGAUGUGCUGCUACAGACGCGUCUUCUGACUCCGGUACUGGAGGUGCUCACGCAGGAGGCGGGCGAUGCAGGUGCCCACUACCGAAAUGGGCCACAGGAGAUAUUCCUAUCCACUCUGCUGCAGUUCAUCAGCGGGGCGUUCAUGGGUUGCACCAGGGCUGUGGUUCUCCGCGUGUACGCAGCGGUCCUUUCGCGUUGCCUGGAGAUCCCACAUGAGACCUCGCCCGGCUCUGAGGACUAUACCGUCAGUUCUUCCCUAGUGCCCAUACUUGACUUCACCAACCACUCGUGCGAGCACAGAAAUGCCUAUUUUGAUGUGGAUCGCGAGUCAGGGGACGUGCUAUUGAUGCUCGAUGUGGCGGCGUGCGCCGGCCUCGGGGACCGCUUCGAGGUUUUCAUCAGUUACUGUCCAGUGGAAGAGCUUGUGCACUUCAAGCAUACCUACGGUUUCUUCCCACGGGCCAGCUGUGGAACCCAGUUCUGGCACAUGUUUCUCUCGGAUACCUGGCUCAAGGAGGAACGUGCGCCACAUGGCUCCGGUAGCCUGUUUCAAAUUUACUCUGAACUGCGUGUCCUUCCCUAUAUCGAACUCGCCUUGAUAUCUGGCCAAGUGUACGUCAAUGACUAUUGUAGCUCAUUUCCAGAAUUGCUUCUACCAUUUGUCAAUAUCGAGGCACUAUCAGAUAAAGAAAGCAAGUUAACCGCCCUAAAGGGCGACCAGCAGCUCCUUGCAGAGGCCAAGACCAACUUCCUCUCUUUUCUGGCACGCUAUUUGGAUAAGCUGGUGGCAAAUGGGCCCAUACGGCAUUCAGGUCCAGUUUGUGCUUCUCUCCGAGACAUACUUCUACGUGAGCUUGAAUUAUCCAAACGGCUACGCAAUACGCUACAGCACGGCAGUGCUUUCUUGUCCUCACACAUGGCAGACACUUCUCCUCCUUACUGUCCUUCACCAGCACCCUCUCCUCCCUACGCCUACAUGUAUACAUCUAGCUGA